AUGGUUGGGUAUGACUUCGAUCAUAGGGGGUACCGUAUUUAUCACACAGAAAGUGGAAAAAUUUUUGUCUCAAAACAAGUAGUAUUUGAUGAAAAGAUGUUUCCACUAGAAUCAACAUCAGCUGUAGAAUUGUCCCAUAAAUUUGCUACCAAUACAUUAGGGGGCAUUCCUUCAUAUCCUGAUCAAGGUUCAUCUAUUAGUGUACCUCGUUCUAUCGUUAAUCCUCCAACUAUAUUGUCUAACAACAAUAAUAAUGAUAAUACUUCGGUUAUGUCUUUUACUAAUAGCAAUGAUAAUACGUCAGUUAUGUCUUCUACUAAUAACAAUGAUAAUACUUCAGUUGUGUCUUCUACCAACAAUAACGUUAAUCCUUCAACUAUGUCUUCUAAUAAUGAUAAUGCUUUAACUAUAGUUUCUAAUAUUAACAAUAAUGAUAAUAAUACUUUAAUUGUCUCUUCCAAUAACAAUAAUGAUAAUUCUCUAGGUCAGAUAUUUGAUGAUAUGGAUAUAGAUGAACCUGAAAACACAAGCCAAGAAUCACCUAACCCUCUAUUAAACGAAUGGAUGAUGAGGAUGCAAAGUGCAGUCGUGGAUUUACACAAUGAAAGUGAACAUAUGAACUCGUCGUUUCAUGACUCAGUCAAACAAUUGGCACAUAGAGUAGAUACAGCUCUUAGAACAAUUUCUGAGAAUUCCCCUUCAUAA